GUGGCGCGACGCCAUUCAGCACCAUCGCCAGCAACUAUCAUCAGCAACCACGGCGGCUUAUCACCACAUCUCUCCCUCUUUCACAUAUUCGCCCUGUUGAACGGGCGCACACCUUGAUACAAUCAAUCCACCCGGUUCUCUAUAAACGAAUACUCAGCCACAAUGACGAGGGAAUAUUCCCCUGUAGACGACUCGCCGUUGUCAUCAAUGGCGUCGUCCGACGAGGAAGAGAUUUUCGCGGACGAGGUACCAGAAGCCGUCGACGAACCAGAGGAGCCCCCAACGAAGCGUAUCAAAGUCACCACCGGGUCGACAGCUUCAUCAGCCGUUAUCCAAGAACCCGAGGCGGAUCCAGACUUCCCAGACGGCAUGUCCGAUGUCUCUUCCGAUACCGAUGGCGACAUUCCCAGUUCCCCAAUCAAUGCGCGACAAGACGAAGAUGAUUUUCAGGAACAAGUCACUAUCUGUGCUUGGGAAGGCUGCAAGGUUGGGGAUUUGGGCAAUAUGGAUAGGCUCGUUGAGCACAUCCACAACUCGCACAUCGAAGGUCGCCAGAAAAAGUACACGUGCGAAUGGAUUGGGUGUAGUAGGAAGAGUCUACCUCAUGCCAGCGGCUACGCGCUCAAGGCGCACAUGCGAUCUCACACAAGGGAAAAGCCAUUUUACUGUUAUUUGCCAGAAUGCGACCGCGCUUUCACACGUUCCGAUGCCCUAGCCAAACACAUGCGGACAGUCCACGAGACCGAAGCUCUGCGGCCUUCGGACCCGGUGCCCAAGAGUAUGCAAGCAGGCGGCGGCCCGGCUGGGAAGUCGGCCAAGGUGAAGAUCAUAAUCCGAAGGCCGGACUCUCAUGCAGCCGGACAAGACGACUCAGUUGACGAUGCUAGCGGCGGAGACGACGGGGCCGACUUUACGCCUUUGACUGAAGAUCAAGGUUUCACGUCUAAGGAGCUCGACAUGCCUCUCGACAGGUUGAUGAAGCUGUGUCGACUACAAGUCAAGUUAGUGGAAGCGGAAGGCGAGAAGCUGCGCAAGGACUGCAAACGCUGGGAAGAGCUGUACAAGCAGGAGUGGCUCGAGAAGGAAAUACUUCUGGAUCAGGUCGUACGCAGCGAACAGGCCUGGCACGCACGCCGUCAGGCCGUGCUAAAAGGCAUGGCGGACGUUCAGCUGCCGGAGAAGGCUGUGGCAAACGGGACAGCUGGUGAUGACGAUGCGCCGGAGACCGCCAGACUUACUGUUGAGGAAUAGGCGCCGAUUCAGCGCUGGUAGGGCUUAGGUGCCGUACCGGGCAAAUACUUCAAAGGCAACCACACCGUCUGUUACUGUUACUUAUGCGUCAAGGGUUUUGGAAGGCCUUGUUACACUCCUAUAAGCCGUGGCUUGGCCUCUAGAAAGGAAUAACAAGGCCUUACUUGGCAUCUUGUAACACUCCGCUGGGGAGUGUACAACUCUACAGCGGCUGCUGGCCUU